AUGUACGAUGGGUGCGCUGGAGAUGGAGAUGGACUUGGGAAGAAUGCGAGCGGGGACGACAAAGCGUUUGACUUGUCAGGCAUUGGGGAUAGUCAGGAACGAGGAGGACCAUGGGAUCUGAGCCUUUCAGAUGGAACGACUCCUAGGGCGGAUGAUGGGAUAUCAGGGCCUUCGAGUGUUUUUGGCGGGGUUGUCGAGGAAGAUAUGUUAGCCGGAGACGGCUGCCUGGAGGAAUCGCAUCAUGGACGGAGCGACUUGGGAUAUGCUCGGAGAUCGGAUGAUGUUGGGAUAGCAAACAAUGGAGUUGAUAGAUGGGAUCCUUUUGGUCCUGAUGGAGACGGCGGAGAUCGGGAUACUCUUGGGAUAGGUGCGCGAGUUCAUGGGGAUAGUUGCGCCGAUCGAUGGGUGAAGGAUCCUCAAGGUCUCGGGACGACCUGGGUCUCGGGACGACAUGGCCCAAAAAUCACUGGAGAGCUCAGAGAGGUCUCGGGACGACUUGACGGGCCGAAGAAGAAGGAGCAGACCAUCGCUAAUGUGGACGAGUGGGGCAAUGAUCGAAGUGGUGGCGAUGGGAUAGGGCUGGGGAGUAUGGGUGGCGCAAAGGGGAUAGAGCUCGGAGCGAGGAACGCAGGAUUGAGCAUUGGGUGGAAUAGCAUCGACCACAGCAGUGACGUGAUGUUGGCAUUUCUUGAGGGUCGAAGAGUGGAACAACGCCAGGGGACAGGGAAUAGGACGAAACAUUCGGCCGGUCCAGAAGGUGGUGCAGUCGACGUUGGGAUAGUGUUGGAUAGACUGAAUGGGAACGCGCCGCUAAAUGGGAGAAUAGGAGACAUCAGCCAAGGAUCUUCGGACAUAGCAAGGUCACCAAAGAUUGAUGCUGGGACGAGGGCCAAGAAGAUGGAAUAUACGAUAAGUACCCCUCCCCCGCAACCCCCGAACGGGAUAUCACAUGAUGCCGCCGCAAGGGGAAAUGGAAUAUCGGAAUAUGAAGGGUGUGAGGGCAGAGUUGAUGCGAUAGAAGGAGUGACUAUAGACAUCAGGAACGCGACCACGGAGAUGAAUGGCGAGAUACGGGAUGGGCUCAGGAGGAUCCACGAUAGACUGGAUGAGGUUGAAGAGAAGUCCAUAACCCAACGUGCCGAGAUGAUUGAUGUCGAACGCAAUGUGCAACGGCAAUUGAAUGAUAGCAUUCGGGAUCUACGGAGCUGGAUUAGAGAGGAGUUGACAAAGGCUGUGGAACCAUUGGGCCGCGAGCGCGGAGAGGCGAGCGAAAGCGCCAAUCAUGUUGAGCGGGACGAGUUUAAAGAGAUAGCGAAAAGCGUUGACAGGAUGAGUUCUCGUGUGAGGUUUGUCGCCGUCGAACUCAAGCAAAUGAAAGGGACGAUGGAUGUAUCGAUGUCGAAGAACAUCGCGGAGCCUCUGCAACAGAUUCGUGAGAGUAUCAAUGGGAUGACGAGUGAUAUAGGCACCGUGAAGGGGAGAGUUGAUGCCACGGAAAAGCUGAUUGAGAAGAUGGGCAAGGAAUAUGCGGAAAUCAUGGACGAGAACAAGCAGCUGAGGGAUAGAUUACGCGUGGUAGAAUACAGUAGUCGGGACCGCGGGAAUAUCGCGAGGAGCACGGAUAGAACUGACAACAGUUGCGCUGACGAUGGGGCGCGGAGCGCAUGUGUCAGGAUCGCUGGGAGGAUUGAUGGAAUAGAGGCAAAUGUCGCGGAGAUGGCCAAGAUGCUUCGGCGUGUGCGGGAUCAGCAGGCGAAGGACGCAAAAACAUUCGUUGCAUCCGUGAGGAUCAAAGAGUUGGAAGUCAUGGUUCAGGAGAUGCGUGAAUCGAUAGCGAAGAUGCAAAACGAGAAUGCGGCGGACAAGGGCGAAUGGAGGGAGUAUAAAACCCAAACGCAGAGAAGAAUCGAACAGCUCGAGAACGAGAACGCGCGGCUCAGGACCAUGCAGGAGACGCAGGAGGGUCUCAUCACGGAGCUCACUGAACGGAUAGAUGCGGCAACAAAACGGAACAACAUCGAGGCGGAGAUGAGCGCAAUGCGGUUUUGA